GUGCGACAGACGCGUGCACACGCGAGUAGAGCGAGAGAGCGGGAGGAAAGCGCAGGCGCACUGCAUCCGCGAGAGGGUGCAAGCACCUUGGCGUGCAGCAGCAGCAACCAGUUUACCUCGAGCGAGCGAGCCGCAGCGCGCUCUGUUUCGCCGCAGUCAUGUGCUCGCGAUGAGUCCAUCAGUUGGAGACGACGCUCACCGAGUCUCGUAAUUGCUCUGCUCGUCGUCCUCAACUUGUAUAUUUCACCGCGACGGACAAGAAGCUGCGCACUGUUUUUAAAAUACACGCCGGCUCGCGAGGGAUGAAUGGCUGGAGGGCUGCUCCAGACACGCACGUCUAUGACAAAAAUUCAGGCAAGAUCGACUGAUUCCCCGGCAUUCCCAUCAAUAUCAAUCACUAUCGCCUCACCCGCAAUGCAGCAGCAGCAGCAGCAGCAGCAGCAGCAGCAGCAGCAGCAGCAACAGCAGCAGCAGAAGCAGCAGCGAAGAAGCAGACAUAGCCAUCCGCCCACUGCAGCACACAUGAAUCUUUAAUUACCACUCGCGCAAAGAAGAAAAAAGCGAAAGAGUAAGCCGACUGGCCAAGAUGUUUACUUUAUUCAACAUGCCCCGGCGGGGCAUGGACAUCGAGGAGAUCCCGCGAGAACACCAAGAGAUGACAGGCCAUGAUCGUUUCUGCCAAUUACGUCCUGGCGCGCCGCAACGCCGUCGACGUCGCGGCGUUGCCAACCGACGCACUCAGAGCGCCAUAGAAAUCGAGUGCAAUAACGACGCCUUCGCUGGCGUGAGGAGCGUUCUAUUGCGAAAGGAGAAGAGUGCGAGUAUCGAGGAGGACGACGUCCUUACGCCGAUGACUCCUGACACGCCCGAUGAAGAGAGCAGGGGAUACAAUCAAUUGACCAGCAAGAUCGACAGCUUGGCCAAGAUUCUGUUCAAUAGGGUGUAUGCGGUCAAAGGCUACAAGGAUCCGGGUCCCGAGGUGGCGAGAAACAAUGGUCGCCAGCAGUACAUGGCGCUGGAGCAGCAGAAUCGCGUGGCAAGCGCGCUCGACGGUACGGCGACGGGCUCAUCGACGACGGCAUCCUCGUCGUCGGCGCCGACGCCAAGCAACGAGAGCAGUUCGGCCGAAAGCAUGGAGAUGGAGAGACGAUCGCGAGAUCGUGCCUUAUCGAUCUGCCGUAUCUACACUCGAGAGACGCCCCGCUACAGCCUCCUCAAGCAUCUCAACAACGCCGGUUCUCGAGUAGACAAGCACUGGUUCAUAGUGCGCGACAAUCUGCUGAAAACAGACCGGCUGUUAACGUUGGCGCCACUGAAUCGCAAUUGCAGCUUGAACGUCUGCCCGUCGACUCGCGACGUUCUCAACAAGCUCUUCCUUACGCUCCAGCACCCCUACAUCUGCCCGAUUCUCGAUAUCGAGUUCGUUCAAUACGAGGGCCAAGAUUGCGUUGUUCUCGUUCAACCUAUCAACCAGGGUAGCCUCAAAGACAUCAUUUAUGGCAUCGAACGCAACUGCUGGAACGAGGACUGGUCGCACAAGUACAGCAGCCGCGGCAAAGGACUGCCCAUCACGCAGAUUCAACGUAUGGGCCGUCAAGUAUUGGAAGCUCUGAUGUUUCUGAAAGAACGCGACUUUCCGACGGUGGCGCAUCUUCACUCGGGAAACGUUAUAGUGACGAAUGGUGUCGCCAGACUCGCAGCUCUUGAAAACACUUUGCUAGGGUUUACGAGUCGAAUCCAUCCUGUGAUCGCCAGUCGACUGCAGAAUCAUUGCAAAAAUCAGCUGGCGCCUGUGUCUAUUGAUACUAUUUGCUUUGGUCACAUGCUUUUUGAAAUGACCGCUGGCUAUGAGCUGUGCACUUUUGAGCCGACCGCUGCUAAUCUUUCCGAUAUUCAGAAAUAUCCACAGGUUCUUGAGUGUCUGAGGUUUAUAUUCGAUGGACCAAUUCAUGGAUUGAAAUAUCCAGGCGUGGAGCAGUUAAUACUACACGAUUUAUUUCGCAAUAUUGAUCUUCGUGAAAUGCGAAAUGCUUCAGUUAACAUUUUCCGUCCAGAUACAUCCAUUCCAAUAUCAAAAAUACUCGAGGGAAUCAAAUGUCAAAAAACCAAUACGCCGAUUAAACGAUUAUCAAAAGAUGAUUCCGAAGAUAUGAUAUCGCUUAGCAGUCCUGACAGUGAUGAGCACAGUGAGAAUGGUUCAUUGCUUGCGCAAAUAUACAAGGAACUUUCUAUGACAUCCGUUUGAAUAAAAAUUUAAUUACAGAAUGAAAGGAUAUAUAUGUGUGUGUGUAUACAUAUAUAUGUAUGUAUGUAUGUAUAUGUAUAUAUGCUACCAUGAGAAAUGUCUUUUCAGAAAAAUAAAAACACUGAAAGU